GUGACGUCACUAAACAGCGACGUCCGCUAUCCACUUUUCCGCAGGUUCUGCACGCUGUUUUCAGUCUCAUGCCUCAACAUGAGUGCGGUAACUAAACCGAGUAAAGCGGAUACAUUCCAAAAUAAGAAGAAGGGUUUCAAAGCUGCAGACAAGCAAGAUCCAGUAAAAAACUUCGAGAAAUGGAAAAAAAGAUACGACCACACCAAAAACAAAUUGAAAACUGCAAGGAAUCAGAAGAAAAAGAAACCCGAGUGGCAAGUGGAGAGAGAAACGAUCAACAAACUGAUUCAGCGGUAUUCUGAGAUUAAUCCUAAUGAAGUGUUGAAGUUUUCAGAUUUUCCUCUGUCAAAGAAAACUGUGACAGGAUUAUUGGAAGCACAAUAUCGAACUCCUACAGAAAUUCAAAAGCAAACAAUUGGCUUAGCAUUACAGGGGAAGGAUAUUUUGGGCGCGGCAAAGACUGGUUCUGGCAAAACACUCGCUUUUCUUGUACCUGUAUUGGAGUGCUUGUUCCGUCAGCAGUGGACAGCAGAUGAUGGUCUAGGAGCUUUAAUAAUCUCUCCAACUAGGGAGCUUGCUUAUCAGACCUUUGAAGUGCUGCGUAAAGUUGGGAAGAAUCAUGAGUUUUCAGCUGGACUUAUCAUUGGUGGGAAGGAUUUAAAGCAUGAGGCUGACCGCAUCCAUCGUACCAAUAUUAUCAUUUGCACCCCAGGACGUCUUCUGCAACACAUGGACGAAACUAUGACUUUCCAUGCCUUAAAUCUAAAGAUGCUAGUUCUGGAUGAAGCAGAUAGAAUUUUGGACAUGGGAUUUGCAGAUGCUAUGAAUGCUAUCAUUGAGAACCUGCCAAAGACUCGUCAGACCCUGCUGUUUUCAGCUACUCAAACUAAGUCUGUGAAAGAUCUUGCAAGGCUAAGUCUUAAAGAUCCAUCCUAUGUCUGGGUACACGAAAAAGCCAAGUUCAGCACUCCUGCAACACUAGAACAGAGCUAUGUUGUUUGUGAUCUAAGCCAGAAAGUCAACAUGCUGUUCUCCUUUGUGAAAAAUCACACUAACAAGAAGAUAAUUGUUUUUUUUGCAAGCUGCAAGGAGGUGCAGUAUCUGUUUCGUGCAUUUUGUCGUCUCCGUCCUGGAAUAUCAGUUCUUGCAUUACAUGGAAAACAGCUGCAGCUUAAAAGAAUGGAAGUGUACAAUGAUUUUGUCCGGAAAAAAGCUGCUGUGCUGUUUGCUACUGAUAUAGCAGCCAGAGGCCUUGAUUUCCCUGCAGUAAACUGGGUUCUUCAGUUUGAUUGUCCAGAGGAUGCUAGUACUUACAUUCACAGAGUGGGGCGAACAGCCAGAUAUAAAGAGGGUGGUGAAGCUUUGCUGAUUUUGACGCCGUCAGAAGAACAAGGGAUGCUAAAACAGCUUGAAGAAAGAAAAGUUCCUGUAAGCAACAUAAAGGUCAACCCAGAUAAACUCAUCAACGUGCAGCAGAAACUGGAAGCUUUCCUAGCACAAGAGCAGGAGCUAAAGGAACGUGCACAAAGGUGUUUUGUGUCCUAUCUGCGCUCUGUAUAUCUCAUGAAGAACAAGGAGGUUUUUGAUGUGUUUAAGCUGCCAUUACCAGAGUACGCACAAUCACUAGGAUUAGCAGUGGCUCCCAGGGUCCGAUUCAUUCAGAGAGCAAAACAACAAAAUGAUCUGAGUUCUGUGAAGGAUAAAGUAACAUCUGAGGCAAGAACAGAAGAUACAGAAUCUAGCACUGAGGAAGAGCUGGAGAACUUUAAAGCUGUUCUGAGGCAACAACCUCUUUCAGUUGAAAGCAAAUCAGAGGAUGAAGAAGUUAAAGAAGAGUCACAAGCCAAAAACGAAGGGGAAUGUUCUUGGGAAUUGAAGGAUACACAGACUGCAGGGUUAAACAUUAUUGGAGAAGAGGAAGAGGAAGAUGAAGAAGAUGAUCUAAAAGAUUUAGAUUUACUUACAGUAAAGAGAAAAGAUGUGUUCGGGGUUGAAACUGCAGUUGAAAAGAAACCAGAAGACAAAGCCACUGUAAAAAAAAAAAUUGAAAAAGCAACAAAGUUUAAAGCUGCCAAGAAAAUCUUGAAGAGGAAUUUCAAAGUCAAUACGAAGUUAGUCUUUACAGAAGAAGGAGAGAUGGUACAGCAAUGGCCCCCAACUCAAAAAUCAGUUGUAAACGAUGAAGAAGAUGAUGAUGCCACCCCUGGUAUAAAUAUGGAAAAAGCAAGGGAGAGGUUGAUUGAGGAGGACAAGUUUGAUAAAGAAGAAUACAGAAGAAAAGUCAAAGAAAAGCAUCGGGAAAAAAGACUAAAGGAAAGAGCAGCCAAGAGAGAAGCCAAACAGCAACAAAAAAAAGAUGAGGGUGAAGAAGAAGAUGAUGAAGAAGAUAUUGUGUAUCUUAAUUAUGAUAGUGAAAAUGAAUUUGACCCUGACACUCUACCAGAUCCAGAUAAGUUAAAAAAUUCAGACCAAGAAGAUGAAGAUAACAAUGAAGACACAAUGAGGAGUGUACCAUUUAAGAAAGAAGCACGCAAAAGAAAUUACACCAGUGAUUCAGAUGAGGAACCUGUCCCACAAGGAAAAAAGAAGAAGAAUCUUAACGACACACUUUCAAAGCCCUUAGACACUGGCCUGUCGCUAGCAGAAGAUGAAGAGCUGGUGUUGCAUUUGCUCAGCAGCAGGACCUAAUUAUUUUCUCGAGAGGUGCUUUGCUGCUUCAGUUUUCUGUUUCUGUGAUCAUUUCCACUAAUAUUGAUUCGUCGGAAGCUCAGCUGGGCUCUUUGCUGUCAGUGAUAAAUGUGCUUAUGAUGAUUCUAGACUGAUUUCAAAAGCAAGUUAUUCUUGAAUACAACUAAAGAUAAAAAUAUGUUUUACAUCCUUAGACUAUGCCAGGCAUCUUCAGUUUGGUUUCACAUGAAUGUUUUUUCUGCUAUGGAAAUGUAUUUCUUUUAGUACAGGACUCUUUGCAAAGCAGUUCGAGAUUUUAUCUGUCAAGCCUUAUACGGUAAAGAAAAAGUGAUCAUUUUGGUUCAUUUUAAAUAGCAAAUGUAACACAAGCUUACUAAGCAGGUGGAUAAUUAUUCUCAUAAAUAUGUCAUAUUGUCAUCUUCAGGAAUAAUUUUGGAACCACCCAAGCAGGAACAGUAGGAGGCGAUUUUAGCUACGAGGAAUUUAUUAUAAGUAAUAUUGUUCUUACUUUAUAUAAAACAGUAUCCACUCAUUUUGUAGAGCAGUGUUUUUCAAGGAAUUUACUUAUUACUUGUUCUUUAUUCUGAAAUAAUAUUUUCUAUGAUGCCCAUAGUUUAAAUAAACCAUUUGCUGUUGUUUCAUUUUCA